GUAGUCGGGUCAUCUCUCAUUCAUCCAACAGGUAUGACGUACGCAUGCUCACACUGUCCUCUGGAAAACAUGGCGUCUGUAUCAGAAUUGUACGAUGUGGGAUGGGAAGAGAUGAGAGACAAGUUACGUAAAUGGAGAGAAGACAACAGCAGGAACAGUGAACAGAUAGUGGAUGUUGGAGAAGAGCUCAUCAGUGACCAUGCAUCUAAACUGGGAGAUGAUGUCUGGAUUAUUUAUGAGCAGGUGAUGAUCGCUGCACUGGACUGCAGUCGGGAUGACUUGGCUCUGACCUGUCUACAGGAACUGAGGAAGCAGUUUCCAGAUAGCCACAGAGUGAAGCGAUUAACGGGCAUGAGGCUGGAAGCUUUGGAAAGGUACGACGAGGCUAACAAGCACUACGAUGCUAUUCUUGAAGAUGAUCCCACCAAUACGGCAGCAAGGAAACGCAAGAUUUCAAUACUGAAAGCCCAGGGAAAGAACGGAGAAGCCAUAAGGGAGCUCAACGAGUAUCUGGAGCAGUUUGUUGGGGACCAAGAGGCGUGGCAUGAGUUAUCAGAGCUGUACAUCAAUGAACAUGACUAUGGAAAAGCUGCAUUUUGUCUGGAGGAGCUGAUGAUGACCAACCCUCACAAUCAUUUGUACUGUGAACAGUACGCUGAGGUGAAGUACACACAGGGGGGGCUGGAAAACCUGGAGCUGUCCAGGAAGUAUUUUUCUCAGGCGCUGAGGCUGAACAACCGAAACAUGAGGGCGUUGUUUGGUCUAUAUAUGUCUGCAAGUCACAUAGCUGCCAGUCCUAAAGUUAGUGCCAAGGUGAAGAAGGACAAUAUCAAGUAUGCUGCUUGGGCUGCUAAUCAAAUAAAUCGAGCCUACAAGCUGGCUGGUCGGGGGACAAAGGAGAAUAAAUGUUCCAUGAAGGCGGUGGAGGAGAUGCUGGACUCCAUGCAGAUCACCAUGUCUUAGAUGUCCUUUUACUGUCCCCCCCCCCCCCCCCCCCCCCCCCGUUACAUCGGAGCAAACUAGCACCUCAAACACCCAUUCAGUUUGACCAGAACUUGGCAAAUCAUUUAUCCCCUUGUUGUAACUAAUUAUUUGAUCUUAACAUAUAAAAUCUGAGACAUUUGUUAACCUUUAGACAGAACAGAGACCCAAAUAAGCUCUUAGUUCCAACUAGCUGUGAUCCAGUCACUGACUAAGUGAUGCUAUCCACUCCAUCCCAGGUUCCACAUUAACGCUGAGACCAUGUGACCAGGAAAUGGAACAAGAUGUACAGUACAUGCUAUAUUUAUUAAGACAUUAUGGAGCUGCUGUCUGUCUGCACUGACGGUUUUUGUUUUCAUGGCAUCUGUAAAUUCAUCUAAUAAACAUUUUUGGAAAAUCA